AUGUCCAAGCUGCUGCCUCUUCAACCUGGACUGGGACAACUAGACGAUGGCCUGCGUCCUAACACUGUCCCGAGCACCACACAUUCCUCCACAGGCAGACAGACAGGUGGGAGAUCCUGGCAGACAUGGAUCCACACAGACAGAGCCCGCCCAGUGACCCCUCAUCCAGGCCAGCAGCUCACUCUGGCCUCAGUGGAGUCCCUGAUCCGUGGCAGACUGCCAAACAUCAAGUCAGCCUUCAUGGCUUUGGACCAUGAUGGAACAGGUCUGGUGAAAAAAGAGGAGUUCAGACGUGUCCUGAAGAGGUGUCUGUCUGUCAGCCAGAACCAGUUGGACACCCUCCUCAAUGAGGUGUGCAAGCAGAGCGGCGCGACGGUGAACUACAUGUGGUUUCUGAGGAGGUUUAGCCGAGCUCCCACAGCCCACAGAGCCUGCAGCAGCCUCAGCGUGAGACGUGGUCCACAGAACAGUUCCAUGUCCCUGUCUGAGAUACAGAAGCAUCUCAAAGAUAAGAUCGGAGGCAACCUGAGGACCGUGAUCAGAGUGUUCCGUCUGUUUGACUACAACCGAGGAGGACACAUCCAGCAGCACGACUUCCGCCGCAUCCUGGACAGCUACCUCAUCCAGCUGACAGACAAGGAGUUUCACAGGCUGUGGAGUCAUUACAGUCCCAAUAACAAGGUCACCAUUUCCUACGUUCUCUUCUUGGAUAAACUUGGUUUUGGCAACAGCCACAACUUCAACAUUGCACCAGUCUGCACUAAGCUAGAGGUGUCCGGUCGACAGGCAACACCACCAGAGAAAGUCAAGCAGAGACCAGAAUGCAUUGCACCAUCAGUCCUUCCACACAGGAAGCUGCAGACUCUCUUUUACAACAAGAUGUGUGUGAACUCGACCCCGGUGUGGCAAGCGCUGCAGGCCUUUGACACCACCCACUCUGGCCUGGUAAAACAGGAGGUCCUCAGGGCUGUUCUCAACAGCUUUAUAUUUCCCAUGAACACUCACUCCUUCCAGAAGCUGACCAGCCGGUAUGGUGUGAAAGCAACAGGGUCAGUAAGGUGGAAACACUUCCUGGGAUACUUCAUGAGCCUGGGCAAAGAAGAGGCUGAUACAGACCUUCACACAGACAGGACUUCUGAGCAGCCUCUCCAAGAUAAAGACAACUUGGAUCUCCAGGAUUUUUACCCAAGACUGAAAGAGAUCUUCCUUCAAGAUAAGAAGGAGGUAGGUUGGAUCUCCAGGGCAGACCUGCAACACUUGUUAAAGAGACCAGGUGGGAGCCAGCCCAGGAACCCCCAGCCCCACCUUCACAAUACACAGAUCACAGAGCUGCUCAACAUACUGGACUCAGAACACAGCGGAGUCAUCCAGCUGAGCAGCCUGGAGAGACUCAACCCCAUCAUCCCCUCUGCUCCCUCCCCUUGUAACACCCCUGAGCCACUGGACGAGGAGACAGAGACUGUGCAGCAGAAAACACCAGAUGAGAGGCAGACCACACAGUGGGCUGAUAAGGUGUCUCUAGCAUCUGCUUCAUGGAUAACAGUGGAGAGUUUGCUGCUGGAGAAGCUGUGUGAGCAGCUCAGUUCAGUCCUGGCAGCUCUGAAGCUAUGUGACCCUCAGUGCACUGGAUAUGUCAAACAGGAGGAUCUGAAGAGGGUUUUAAGCCACUAUGGUUUUCCCAUCUCUGACACACACUUCAACAAGCUCUGUGGGUCCUUCUCUAGCUCUACACCUGGCAGCUCUUCCAGGUUGGUUUCCUACAUAGACCUGUUCAGAUACCUGGGAGCACCACUAACAGAUGAAAGCACACCCUCCUCCUGCUACUCCCAUACUGAGAGGUCAAGCACAUCACCUCAGUGUACCCUGCAGUCAGUCAGGGCACAGCGGGGCAGUCGAGACACCUGCAGUAUCUUGGACAUUGUUUUCAAGAGGAUGCGAUCAAGGUUAGAGCAACGUCACACAAGCCUCAUCCAUCGCAUCCAGGCCAUCAUCUACAGCUGUGACGGGACACUGUCAGAGGCAGAUAUACGGAAGAUAUUAGAGGACAGCUGGAUCAUCUUGGACAAUGAGAAUUUCAACAAAUUCAUCGAACUGCUUGGCCUCAUAGACGGACGGAUUGAGUGCCAGGCGUUCCAGAGGAAGUACGAGGGUGAGGAAAGACGUGAAGACGACAGCCAGAACAUCUUGACCAGCAGCAGCAGCAGCGUCAGCAAUCCCAUCAAGGCCACAGCUAGAGAUGGACAGCAGGACUCUGAGGGUUCUGGUGAAAAAGAGGUUUUCACACUGCUCACUUCUGCUGAGCAGUGCCUGGCGGCCAUGAAGACCAGGAUCAAGAUCAUCCACAAGGACAACCUGACAGCCUUUCGCCUGAUGGACAGGAAGCGUAAAGGCGUGGUGGACUGCCAUGAUUUCAGAGUGUUGUACAACAGUCUGGGAUUUAUGUGCCAGGAGGGAGAGUACCAGAGGCUGCUGCAUCUGAUUGGUCUGCAGCCUGGAGGCAACCUCAAUUACGCAGAGUUUGUCAGUGUUGUAGAAAAUAAAGGCAAGCAUGGGACACAAACUGCUACUAUACAAGGGCAGCUCCAUGAUCUGCUGGCCUGUGAGGCACAUUACAAGUGGGCAGACAUGUGUAAGAUGUUGUGUCACUGUGACACCGACGGCCAGGGUUGGAUAGAUAAAACGAGCUUGAGGGAGCUUCUCUACACCUAUUCUCUGCCUUUAACAUCCAACGAGUUUGAACAGCUUUGGUUGAGGUAUGAUCCAGAGGGGAAGGGGUCUGUGGCGGUUUGUGACUUCCUGGAAAGACUGGGCUUUAAUCAUGAUGUGAGACAAGGCCAGAUACUGAAAGAGACUGUUGUCCUAAAGGAUGCCAGCAGACCAGAUGUCUCUGAUACUACCUCACCGCAAUGUAUCGAACAGGUUUUACAGGAUAACUACAAGGAGCUGAGUGAUGCUCUGAUUGGUCUAGAAAGAAGAGGAGACGGCACAGUGACGGUAGAGGAGCUGCUCAACCUGUUCCACUCCUGCAGGUGCUUCAUCCAGAGAGAGCAGCUCAUAAAUCACCUCCACAGGUUCAAGGUUUCCAUGACCGAUAACAACAGGAGGAUUUCUUACAUGGACUUACUGUCUGUGUUGAACCAUAAAGCAGAGAAGAAGAAUGAGCCUUCUCCUUCUACCCCUGAAGCUAUUGGACAGAUAGAAUCUCUGAACGGCCUCAGUCCAGACACGGCUCUGGUGAGGAUGCAGGAACUGGUCACUGCCUCAGCACCUAACCUGUCUAAGGCAUUCUCUGCCUUCGAUCAGAGCAGCACAGGGACGGUCCGAGCUCUGGACUUUCGUCAGGUCCUGGAGAAUUUUUGUGCCCGUCUGUCAGACAAACAGUUCAGACACAUGCUGACCAGACUGGAGUUAAACAGUGAGAACUGCACCGUUAACUGGAAGGACUUCCUCAGCAAGUUUCAGUCACAGAGCCCCGUGUGGGUAUGGGAUGACCUGGACCAGGCAGGGGCACAAUAUUCUGCUGCAGAAUAUGCAAGGGCCAGUGCUGAGGUGCGCAGUGUGGAGGCUGCCGCCCCCCAUUUUGCACCAGUGAGCUUGCAGAGCAGGUUAUUCCUUGACUUCACCUUAGCUGCCGUCCCUUUUAGAUGUUCCUUGAAGGAUAGGGUCCUGUCAAGGAUCACUCCAAGAUGGAAUACACUGGAGACCGUUUUUCCUGGGCUUGGUUUUAGGCGCCAGGUUUUGCAGAACUGGUCCAGUUUAGCAAGGUGGACUCUGAACCUCCGGUUGGUCAGCAGAGUUUUUAUUAUUGCUGUUGCCCAGGCAGGGAGCACCUUUAUGUCAGAGAGGUGUCUGAGCAGGACCAGGGAAAGGCCUAAAACCACAUCUGUAGUCCAGAGCGACACCUCUGGAGUCACUGUGGUUCUCCAGCAGAUCCAGGAAGUCUUCUCAGGCCACUUGUAUGAACUCACCAAAGAUGUGCUGGAUUUGGACUCCUCCAACAGCAGCACCAUCACUAAAGAGCACUUCAGACAGCUUUGUACUGGCCACUGCCCGACACUCACACAUGAUCAGUUUGAGUGUGUGUGGAGUCAGAUGGCUGUGCAGGACCAGGGGAAGCUGCAGUUCAGAGAGUUUGUGAAGCGUUUUGGUGCACUGGGUAGGACCGCCCACACGGAAGCACAGAGUCCCAACAACAGGGUCCCGUCUCUUUCCCCCGAGCUCCCAGCCUCAACACGAUAUCAUUACACAAACACUGCAGGUGCCACUCUGCAUCGCUCUAAGUCUGCUUCCCAGUGUAGCUCCAAGCAUGGUGCCUCAGCAGGGAGGCCUGGAACAGGAAGCCUGCCGGGCAUCACAGAGAGGAGGCUGCGUGGGGAGGUGCAGCGCUGCUGGAAGGACAUCCACAAGAACUGCAGCCAGGAAGAUCCUCAGCAAGAGGGACACAUCAGUGCUGUGUCCUUCCUGGAGAUCCUCCAAUCUCUCAAUAUAAAUGUGAGUCAGGUGCAGUUUGAGCGUCUGGCUGUGAAGUUGAACAUCAUGAAUGCAGGUGCUGUUUCAUAUCACAACUUCCUUCGUCACUUCCUCCUCAACCUCAGACCAGCAGAGACCAGGAGGAUGUUUGAUCGUUGUAAACUUCCUCUUCCUGUUACACCGAUGAUCCACGGCGUCUUGAGUAAAGACUGCGUGGAGGUCAUGCUGAGGAUCUACGAGGCAGUUCGCUCCUCCUGGUCCUCCAUCAGACGCAGCUUCCUGACGUCCGACCGCACCCGCACAGGAAGCGUCUCCGUGCAGGACUUCAGGAAGGUGCUGCGCCAGUUCAGUGUGAGUCUGUCAGAAGAGGAGUUCUUCCACCUCAGCUCUUAUUAUGAUGCUAACACUGCAGGGGAAAUCUGCUACAAUCACUUCCUGUGGGCCUUCCUGCACUGA